AUGGAUCUAACUUCGUUGAUCAUUGGAAUAGCAUGGGUAUUUUUCCAGCAGUGCAUCGCUCGACCCGCCCCGAUACCACGCCGCAUCAUGGACCCAAAGCAAGUGGGCGUGGUCAGAUCGGGGAAUACCCAAGUCAACGCGGGGAACGAAACCAAAGGCAUGGAUGAAGACCAUCUCAAGUACCUCAUCACGCACUUUGAAACCUUUACAGAUGAACAGGGUGUGAAUGGUUCAACUGCGUCCAAACCGUCAACAAGCCAUCUCCUCUCACGAGCUAAAAGGAAAGCUGUCGAACCCCAUCAUUUCUGGCCGUAUGGGAUCAUACCGUACGAGAUGACAAAUACGUAUGAUGAAAAAGAAAAGAGUGAGAUUUACGAAGGAAUGAAAUCUUGGGAGAAAGUAACAUGCGUCCGUUUCGUGCCAUACACGCCCCUUCUCGUUAAACAGCUGGGCCAUUCAGACAGACUUUAUUUAGAGAAACGGGAAGUGUGUACAUCUUUUCUGGGACGACGGGUUAAAGGGCGCCAUCUGAUGUCGGCUUGCCCACACUGGACGUACACGAUGGUCCACGAACUCGGGCAUGCAGUUGGUAUGCGACAUCAACAUCAAACACCGGAUCGUGAUCAGUACAUCGAUAUACAUUGGGAGAACAUCGACGAGAAGGUGAACCUUGAACAGUCGUUCGGCAUCGUAAGAAACCCGUCACUGUACGACCAGUCGUUGCUCAAAGCCACCCCCUACGAUAUCAACUCCAUCAUGCAUUAUCCGUUCAAUGCGUUUUCAAAGCACUACACACUACCAACAAUCACUGUCAAAGGAAAACCUAAUCGCAUUAUCGAGUGGAGGACGGAGCCAAGCUUCUACGACCUCAAGCUCGUCAAUCUGAUGUACAAAUGCGGCAACCAUUGCAGCUUCAAAUUGAACUGUCAAAAUGGCGGCUACCAGAGUCCCACCGACUGCCGGGUCUGUCUAUGCCCUCCGCUGACCUGGGGAAAGACGUGUGAGAGUGUGUCGGACCAGCCUUACGAUUCGGGGAAGUCGGAAAAACCGUGGUAUACGAAAACAAUAUUUGAGCAUAACUGGUGGAGAUAAAAUUAUGAUUAAUAUUUAUUAUGUUAGAUGGAAAACAAGGGUGCUAGAAUCAAUAUACACCAUUCAUGUAUAGUAAGUUUUUUUUUUAUAAGUAUACAAUGUGACCUGGCACCACAUAACCAACAGUAAGUAGCCAAAAAAUGAUUUGUAAAUUAUUUUUGAUUAGGUUUGAAGACAAACAAAACACAAAUCCUAAGCUUUAAAAUGAUAUCUUGUCAAAAUGGAUCAACAAUAUCCCCAAAAGUACUUGAUUGAAUGCAGAAGAAGCGAGAGCUUCAAAAUUUAAAGAGAGAACAGUGUUUGAAGUUUGAAAAUCACUCAAGCAUGAUAUAGCACACUGUCAUUAUGCAAUCCCAAUGAACAGAUGAAACUUCAAGCAGUCUGCAAAAAUUUGGCUCAAAGAAACUCUGGUAUCUUGUUUUUCUAUUUUACUUUACAACUUGAUAUUUUGACAGUAUGAAGAAGAGGAAUGAUUCUUUCAAAUAAGCUAAGUUUUUUUGUGUUUUGCUUUGUGAAGACCAAAUUACUAUUUUGGUUAUUUACCAUGUUUACAGAGAACCUUCCCUGGCGACUUAUUAUUUGUUUUUUGGUGGGUGGCCAACCAUGGACCUACUACAAUAAUGGUCACUAAUGAACAUCCAUCACAUAACAGGGGGGGGGGGGCGAAAUGAUCAUGUUUACCACGUUAAAUAUCAUUUAAUUACUGUGUAUAGGAAUAAAAUAAGAGAGCAAACUAAUUUAGUUUGUUGCAGGGGCCGCGGGACCAGGGGGACUGGGUGCUUCCGCGCCCCACUUUUUUUUUCAACAAACGUACAAAAACGUAAGUCCAUUUUGCAUGGUCAGUCCACACUGAGUGAUGGUCACUUUAUGUGUUUCAUGAUGAAUCAUGUUUUUUAUCAUGUGUUAAGAAAUGGAAAUAUUCUAUUUUUAUAUCUAAUUGUCUAAUUCAAGUCAAUAUGGUGAACCCGACCUCUUCGUAUUCUCUUCAAGGGCUUCGGGACAGGGGGAGGAGGGGCUUCAGCAACCACGUUUUCAAUAAACGUGUAAAAAAACCACGUAAGAAUAGGGAUACUUUUUUUCUGGCAUGGUCAACCCCCUCUCUCUCCCACACACACACACACCCUCACACUCUUUCCACUCGGCCAUCUACUUUCAAAUAGUUAGUAUAAAAACCUUGUUCUUUACAGGUCGAAUUGAAACAAAAAUGGUAAUGUUGAUCACACUGCUUGUUCGUAUUUUCAUUCAUCAUGUUCAUAGGAGAGUUUGUUAAAAUAGAAGCAUUUGUUGAUAUAGUAGUAUAGUCCAUAGGUUAUAGACUGACUGAUUCAUUAUUUUGAUUUGACCCUGCUUUUGAUUAUUUAAACAAUUUUAAUUCCCAAAGGCUUUGAACAGGGACAACCUGAUUCCAAUGCCUGUUGUCACAGAAUGCAUGCUGAUGAUACGCAAAUAAGUACUGUAAGUAAACGUGUGUGUUCAUAAUUAAUAAAUUUAUUUUAUUUUUGACCAGUACAAGUAAGAAGUGUCAGAAUGUGACGCUAUAUACAUUCCUGUGUUUUGAUUGGUUGUAAAAAUCAUGUAUUUCAAAGGAAAAUAAGAAAUGCAUAAUCUUGUAUUAGGAAUAUUGAAUUCGGCUGUGUAAAAAGAAUUCAAUAGAUAUUUGUUUACAUAGGACGAUGAUAAUCAUUCCAGUUAUCAAAUAUUAUCACAGUGUUGGUAAAGGAAUAAUUAUGCAACGAAUUACGAAGUAUAUUUAUUACGGUAUGCGAAUACACAGGAAUAACAAAUAAAUGCUAAUGUUCAAAGGCAA